AUGUCUGAUGUGGAGCUUCAACUGUGUCUUGCUCUCCCCGCUCCGAACAACCACCAUGGACUCCACCACCUUAAACGAACGAGCUGUUUAGGAGACAAAGGUUACGGUGUUAAAAACAAACGUGGUUCCGAGCAGACAUCUGGAAACUUGAAUAAUCAUGAGUGUAACGCAAUUCCUUUACUUCUUUGGAGUGACCAUCCAAACAAGGAAGAUGCUGAACACAAGGAUAAAAAGAAAAGAACAUUCGCCAUUGAUGAUAUGAAUGGUGCAGAAGAUCAUGUUGUGGGAUGGCCGCCCAUCAAGUUAUGGAGGAAGAGAACAUUGCAUCAUCAUCACCACCACCAUCAGCUUAAAAAAGCUGCACAAAUUGGAAAUGGAAAUCAUGGUAGAUCCAUUUAUGUCAAGGUGAAGGUGGAAGGGGUGCCAAUAGCAAGAAAGAUUGACCUGAGGCAUUACCAUUCUUAUCACGAGCUUACCAAUUCAUUAAUCGCCAUGUUCACCCAAAAUAAAACACGUGGUGAAGAUGAUUACAAUACACGUUAUACUCUCACUUACCAGUACAAUGAAGGGGAUUGGUUGAUUGCAGGAGAUAUUCCAUGGCAAAGUUUUGUUAGGAGUGUGCAGCGGCUAAAGAUACUAAUAACUGGGGUUGAAACCAUGCAGUAA